CACGAGUCAUUACCCUCACUCCAACUCGCCUGGUCUUCGUGAAUGAGUCUCAAGCUCCACAGUACGCCGCAUGUGCUAAGGGUGAGAUGAAGAUCUGUCAAUCUGGUCAACCAAGCGCGGCUUCGCGUAUUCUGCUGGCUUAGGAUCGAAAGUGGGUGAGAUCUUCUUGGUACGUCUGCGACUGCGUUCAUGUGGCGGUAUAUGCUGGCCUGGCGUGCAAGCUGUCUUACCGCAAUCUUCAGCAACCCACUUAUGAGGAGAUUUGCUUUCACAGACAUAAGGCUCUUUCUGGUCCUCGUGCGGGGCGCGUGCGGCGACCGCAUCAUCGUAUUUGAUUACUGUUCACUCCUGCCGGAACGUGCUCUACAUAAAAGCCAAUCAUGUGUGCUACAUGUGUCAGUGGCAGCAUAUCUCAAGCUUUUGCCAAAGAACGCUGGCUGGCAGUUCAGAACGGCACAUGCAUGGCACUGGAACCCACUCAUACGGUGAAGGCGCAUCGACUGUCGAGAACAUCCAGUUCUACUAUUCACUUCGCUAAAAAAAACUGUGCUGCACUCUUCUAGUGAAUAAAAUAUGGUCGUUUCAUCCUCGCACGGCUUUACCAUCGCCGUUGCGCUGCACGC